AUGAAUGGAUAUACAAAAUGUUCCAAGAAAGAAGGCCAGUAUUUUGUUGGUGAAAUAUUAACCUUUAUGACCUGUUUGGACAAUACUAUUAUUAAGUCUGUUCAAGAACUGAGUGGACAAAUAUGCCACAUUUGUGGGGAUGAAGUGGAGAUAACUGUAGACGGGGAGCCCUUUGUUGCGUGCAACGAAUGUGCUUUCCCAGUUUGCAGGACUUGCUAUGAGUAUGAGAGACGAGAGGGAAAUCAGGCUUGUCCUCAGUGCAAAACCCGAUACAAACGUAUCAAAGGUAGUCCUAGAGUGGAGGGCGAUGAUGAAGAGGACGACAUUGAUGAUUUGGAACAUGAGUUUGAUUAUGAGGAUAUUGAGGCUUUGGGCCACACACAGAGUACAGGGGUGAUUCCUGCUGUACGUGGUUGUCAUAUUGAUUCAUCUGAAUCAGCUGCAGGCUCAAGACAUGAUUCAUCUUCCAAGGGUCUUGAAAUCCCUCUGUUAACAUAUGGUGAAGAGGACAAUCAGAUUUCUUCUGAUCAACAUGCUAUCAUAGUACCACCGUUUGCCAGUCAUGGCGAUGAGAUUCAUCCAUCUUCUUCUGGGACUUCAGCUCCUUUACAAUCAAGGCCUUUGGUUCCCGACAAGGACAUUGCUCUAUAUGGGUAUGGAAGUGUUGCAUGGAAGGAUCGAAUGGAGGAGUGGAAAAAGAGGCAAAGUGAUAAACUUCAGGUGGUCAAGCAUCAAGGAGAUAAUGCUGGUGACAACCUGGAUGGGAAUGAAUUGGACUCAGACUUGCCUAUGAUGGAUGAAGGUAGACAGCCUCUGUCGAGGAAAUUGCCCAUUGCUUCGAGCAAGAUAAGCCCAUACAGAUUGAUAAUUAUCCUCCGCCUAGUGGUUCUUGGCUUCUUUUUCCACUAUAGGGUUCUCCAUCCAGUUCAUGACGCAUUUGGCUUGUGGCUGACAUCAGUUAUUUGUGAAAUAUGGUUUGCUGUUUCGUGGAUACUUGAUCAGUUUCCAAAAUGGUUUCCAAUUGAGCGAGAAACAUACCUUGAUCGCCUGUCGCUUAGGUAUGAGAAAGAAGGAAGGCCAUCUGAGUUAGCUGACAUAGACAUCUUUGUCAGCACAGUUGAUCCCAUGAAAGAACCUCCAUUGAUUACUGCAAACACGGUUCUUUCCAUCCUUGCAGUGGAUUAUCCGGUUGAAAAAGUUGCAUGCUAUGUGUCGGAUGAUGGUGCAGCCAUGCUUUCUUUUGAAGCACUUUCGGAGACAUCUGAAUUUGCUCGGAAAUGGGUUCCCUUCUGCAAGAAGUUCAAUAUCGAACCAAGGGCGCCAGAAUGGUAUUUUUCUGAGAAGAUGGACUAUCUGAAAAACAAAGUCCAUCCAGCAUUUGUGAGGGAAAGGCGUGCAAUGAAGAGAGAAUAUGAAGAGUUCAAAGUUAGGAUCAAUCGUUUGGUGGCAACGGCACAAAAGGUUCCUGAGGAAGGUUGGACGAUGCAGGAUGGAACACCUUGGCCGGGAAACAAUGUUCGUGACCAUCCUGGAAUGAUCCAGUUAUUCCUUGGUCAUGAUGGUGUUCAUGAUGUUGAAGGAAAUGAAUUGCCUUGUCUGGUUUAUGUUUCCCGUGAAAAAAGACCUGGUUUUGAUCACCACAAAAAGGCUGGAGCCAUGAAUGCACUGGUGCGGGUUUCAGCCGUUCUAUCAAAUGCUCCUUUCCUUCUGAAUGUUGACUGUGAUCAUUACAUAAACAACAGCAAGGCACUGAGGGAAGCUAUGUGUUUUAUGAUGGAUCCCACUUCAGGAAAGAAAGUUUGCUACGUGCAAUUUCCUCAAAGAUUCGACGGGAUUGAUCGUCAUGAUAGAUACUCAAAUCGAAAUGUUGUGUUCUUUGAUAUCAAUAUGAAGGGUUUGGAUGGUUUACAAGGACCAAUCUAUGUUGGAACAGGGUGCAUCUUCAGACGGCAAGCUCUUUAUGGAUAUGAUGCUCCUGUCAAGAAGAAGCCACCUAGCAAGACCUGUAACUGCUGGCCAAAGUGGUGCUGUUCGUGUUGUGGGUCUAGAAAGAACAAGAAAGGAAAAAUGAAGAAAGAUAAGAAGAAAAAAUUAAAGCACAGAGAAGCGUCAAAGCAGAUAUAUGCACUUGAAACCAUUGAAGAAGGAAUUGAAGUGAAGAACUCUGAAAACCCAUCUCGCGUCUCCCAAGAAAAACUCGAGAAGAGGUUCGGCCAAUCACCUGCAUUCGUGGCAUCAACUCUACAAGAAAAUGUUCCCAAGGAUGCUUGCUCCACAACUUUUCUGAAAGAGGCCAUUCAUGUCAUCAGCUGUGGUUAUGAAGAUAAGAGUGAAUGGGGAAAGGAGGUUGGAUGGAUAUAUGGCUCUGUUACGGAAGAUAUCUUGACGGGAUUCAAGAUGCAUUGUCAUGGCUGGCGGUCAGUGUACUGCAUCCCUAAAAGGCCAGCAUUCAAGGGUUCGGCUCCCAUCAACCUCUCGGAUCGUCUUCACCAGGUUCUUAGAUGGGCUCUUGGAUCAGUAGAGAUAUUUUUUAGCAAACACUGUCCCAUCUGGUAUGGAUAUGGAGGUGGAUUGAAGUCAUUGGAAAGGUUUUCCUAUAUAAAUUCAGUUGUAUAUCCCUGGACUUCUAUUCCUUUGAUUGUAUACUGCACAUUGCCAGCCAUCUGCCUUCUUACAGGGAAAUUUAUUGUCCCCGAGAUUAGUAAUUAUGCCAGUAUUAUAUUCAUUGCCCUAUUCAUCUCCAUUGCUGCAACUGGCAUCCUUGAGAUGCAAUGGGGUGGCGUUGGAAUCGACGACUGGUGGAGAAACGAGCAGUUUUGGGUUAUUGGAGGAGUUUCCUCUCACUUUUUUGCUCUCGUCCAAGGAUUACUCAAGGUUUUGGCUGGUGUCAACACAAAUUUCACCGUCACCUCAAAAGGAGGAGACGAUGGAGAAUUUUCCGAGCUCUAUAUCUUCAAAUGGACAUCGUUGUUAGUUCUGCCUACAACAUUAUUGAUCAUAAAUAUAGUCGGGGUUGUGGUGGGAGUUGCAGAUGCCAUCAAUAACGGUUAUGAUUCUUGGGGUCCAUUGUUCGGUAAACUUUUGUUUGCCUUGUGGGUUAUUCUUCACCUCUAUCCUUUCCUCAAGGGACUGAUCGGGAAACAAGAGAAAAUUCCGACAGUAAUUAUAAUCUGGUCGAUUCUGCUGGCUUCUAUAUUGACCUUGUUGUGGGUACGAAUCAACCCGUUUGUUUCACGAGAUGGACCAGUACUGGAAAUCUGUGGACUUAACUGUGACGACUGA